AAGCCGUACAGUCAUCAGCUGCCAGCAAUGGUGGUGAACGCUCAGUAGGCUUACAAUGGCGAUGGAGUUCCUCUCGAGAUGUGCUUCUUCUUCCUCCUCCUCACCAUGUUUCGCUUUCUUCAACGUCCAUCUUCAACAUACUAUUAGUUGUCGCGCUACUGUCAAGUCGCAGGUAUUGCCAUGGAAUUCUCCUGUGGUUGGUUUUGGUCGAUCAACGAGUCUCGGCACCGAUGGUCGGGGGAGAAUUUGGGGUUGUACUUGUGGACCGAAUCGUGGUUUGUUGCUUCGGAAGCUAUGGAGAUACCAUUCCAGUUUGUCCUCCUCGUCUGGUAUGAGUUCCGUAUGCUAUCGGUAUGUCUUCAAGUGGAAAAAAUACGCGGGGAAUUUCCGAAGAGUCAGGAAUGCUAUGGAAAAAUCUAGACACCGUUUUUCUGUACAACUUGCUCGGGUGAUGGUCUGCGUGAUGCUAGUGAUGUCUGUGUCUUCUACUUUUGAGGAUAGUCCAUCAUGGGCCCUCACUGAAGAGAAUCUACUCUUUUUGGAGGCAUGGAGGACAAUAGACCGUGCGUAUAUCGACAAGAAUUUUAAUGGACAAAGUUGGUUUCGUUACAGAGAAAAUGCAUUGAGAAAUGAACCCAUGAAUACGCGAGAAGAGACCUAUACUGCAAUAAAGAAGAUGCUUGCGACUCUUGAUGAUCCCUUCACUCGAUUUCUAGAACCUGAAAAGUUUAAAAGCUUGCAGUCUGGUACUCAAGGUGCUCUUACAGGUGUAGGGCUGUCCAUUGGUUAUCGCACCGCUGUUGAUGGACCUGCUGGACUUCUUGUCGUUUCAGCUGCACCUGGGGGCCCUGCAGAAAGAGCUGGUAUUACUUCUGGUGAUGUGAUUCUGGCAAUUGAUGACAUUACUACAGAAUCCAUGGGUAUAUAUGAUGCAGCAGAGCGAUUGCAGGGACCCAAAGGAAGUUCUGUGCAAUUGACCGUUCAAAGUGGACCCAGUGUAAAGCAUCUAGAUUUAGUGCGAGAGAAAGUUGCAAUAAAUCCAGUGAAGUCCAGAAUUUGUGAGUUGCCUGGCUCAGGGGACAAUUCUUCUAAGAUUGGUUACAUCAAGCUUACCUCAUUUAAUCAAAAGGCCUCUGGUGCUGUGAAGGAAGCUAUUGAUUCUUUAAGGAGUAACAGGGUUAAUGCCUUUGUACUCGACCUUCGGGACAAUAGUGGUGGUCUUUUUCCCGAAGGAGUUGAGAUUGCCAAGAUUUGGUUGGACAAAGGUGUUAUUGUGUAUAUUUGCGACAGUGGUGGUGUCCGAGAUAUAUAUGAUUCAGAUGGAAGCAGCACUAUAGCAGCUUCAGAACCACUAGCCGUGUUGGUCAAUAAGGGAACUGCUAGUGCAAGUGAAAUACUAGCCGGUGCAUUGAAGGAUAACAAGCGUGCUGUGUUGUUUGGAGAACCAACUUAUGGGAAAGGCAAGAUUCAGUCAGUCUUUAAACUAUCCGAUGGUUCUGGCUUGGCUGUUACAGUAGCUCGUUACGAGACACCAGCCCACAUCAACAUUGACAAGGUUGGAGUGAUUCCGGAUCGUCCUCUUCCGGCAUCCUUCCCCAAGGAUGGAGAUGGUUUCUGUAGCUGCUUUGAGGACCCUGCUUCUGCUUGCAAUGUCAACAGGGUACAACUAUUUUCAAGAUGAUAAAAGAUUAUUUUGUUUAAAUUGCCAUUAUUUGACUUGGGAUGCUCAGUUAUCUUGAUUGAUCAACAUUCUUUACAUUAAUAAUCCUGCAAGUUUCUGUUAUAGAAAUUAUUCACAAUGUACAUACAAGAACAGUACGUUUGAUAUAUAUUAUACUUUGAUGAAA